AUGGCCUUGUGCCCACGUUUUCUAACACACGCUUCCUCCCACCGUCGCCCACACUUCCUCCCCGUCGCCCACGCUUCCCCCCACCGUCGCCAACACUUUUCCCCACCGUCGCCAACGCGUUUCCCCACCGUCGCCAACGCUUCUCCCCACCGUCGCCCACGCUUCUCCCCACCGUCGCCCACGCUUCCCCCCACCAUCGCCCACGCUUCCCCCCACCGUUGCCCACGCUUCCCCCCACCACCGCCCACGCUUCCCCUGCCAUCGCCCUCCCUGUCGCCCUGGAAUCCCCCCUCCCGCCGGCCUCCCUCCCCUCCCGCGAAAAACCCCCCCGUCCUCUCAUUACCCCGGCCUCUCAUCCCCCUGUCCCCUGUCCUCUCGUCCCCCUGUCCUCUUGUCCCCCCAUCCUCUCAUCCCCCUGUCCUCUCAUCCCCCCGUCCUUUCAUCCCCUUGUCCUCCCAUCCCCUCGUCCUCUCAUCCCCCCGUCUUCUCAUCCCCCUGUCCACUCAUCCCCCCGUCCUCUCAUCCCCCCGUCCUCUCAUCCCCCCGUCCUCUUAUCCCUCUGUCCUCUCAUCCCCCUGUCCUCUCAUCCCCCUGUCCUCUCAUCCCCCUGUCCUCUCAUCCCCCCGUCCUCUCAUCCCCCCAUCCUCUCAUCUGCCUGUCCUCUCAUCCCGCGAUCCUCUCAUCCGCCCGUCCUCUCGUCCCCUUGACCUCUCGUCCCCCUGUCCUCUCAUCCCCCUGUCCUCUCAUCCCCCCGUCCUCUCAUCCCCCUAUCCCCUGUUCUCUCGUCCCCCUGUUCUCUCGUCCCCCAGUCCUCUCGUCCCCCUGUCCUCUCAUCCCCCUGUCCUCUCAUCCCCCCGUCCUCUCAUCCCCCCAUCCUCUCAUCCCCCCGUCCUCUCAUCCCCCUGUCCUCUCAUCCGCCCGUCCUCUCAUCCCCCUGUCCCCUGUCCUCUCAUCCCCCCGUGCUCUCAUCCCCCUGUCCCCUGUCCUCUUGUCCCCCUGUCCUCUCGUCCCCCCGUCCUCUCAUCCCCCUGUCCUCUCAUCCCCCCGUCCUCUCAUCCCCCAGUCCUCUCGUCCCCCCGUCCUCUCAUCCCUCUGUCCUCUCAUCCCCCCGUCCUCUCAUCCCCCUGUCCUCUCAUCACCCUGUCCUCUCAUCCCCUUGUCCUCUCAUCCCUCUGUCCUCUGAUCCCCCCAUCCUUUCAUCCCCCCGUCCUCUCAUCCCCCUGUCCUCUCAUCCCUCCGUCCUCUCAUCCCUCUGUCCUCUCGUCCCCCUAUCCUCUCAUUCCCUCGUCCUCUCAUUCCCCGGUCCUCUCAUCCCCCCGUCCUCUCAUCCCUCUGUCCUCACAUCCCGCUAUCCUCUCAUCCCCCUGUUCCCUGUCCUCUCGUCCCCCUGUCCUCUCGUCCCCCUGUCCUCUCGUCCUCUUGUCCUCACAUGCCCCUGUCCUUUCAUCCUCCCGUCCUCUCAGUCCCUAUUCUCUCUGUCCCCCUUCUCUCUGUUUCCCUCCUCCUUAUCCCCUUUCUCCCUGUCCCUCGUCUUCCUCACCCCCUUCCCCGUUUACCUAUCCCCUACUACCACCAUUGCCUUCCCUGCCCUUCCUCACCCUCCCUCCUAUUUUCCCCCACCCUCUGCCUCCCUUUCCCUCACCCUCUCCCCAUGUAUGGCAACUGUCAGCAAGCUUAUCGCCACCACACCUCCUCCCUCAACAGAGGACAAUGCACUGA